AUGUUUUCUUUUCUCCUGUCCUUCUUCUUUCUAAAUUUUGUUAUUUCUGCCUUACAAUCCAAUAUUUGUUUAGUAACGCUUCUCAGAUUUCUUUCUUUUUACAUUAUUCGACUUACUUUUGAUAUCGUUACAUUCUUUUCUUUUUCGUUUUUAUUCACGUAUGUACCCACUAACUUUCUUCCAACCGAUGUAACUCUCUACCGUUCCUCUCUUUCGUUACUUCGUUCGGCGGCUCCUUCCUCAAUAUCCCUGGAAAAUUUUUCUUCCGUUCUUCUUUCUUUCUUUACCCUGCAAAUAUCUACUCUUGCAAGACAUAUCACAGCUUAUUCAUAUCUAUCUAUCUAUCUAUCUAUCUAUCUAUCUAUCUAUCUAUCUAUUUCAGCCUGUUCAUAUCUAUCUCUGUCUCUCUAUCUUACCUUCGCAUAUCUCUCACUAUCUCUAUCUCUCUAUCUAUCUAUCAAAGUCUGUUCACAUCUAUCAAUCUAUCCCAAACUGAUCAUAUCGCUUUCUCUUUGUCUCGCUAAUCUAUCUAUCUAUCUAUCUAUCUAUCUAUCUAUCUAUCUAUCUAAAACUCUUUAUAUCUAUCGAACUCGAAGAGAAAUGUCAAGAGCAGCAGCUGCCAUUAUAAAUUGCCUUCAUCGAUCUUACAAUGUCUUUCGCCGUCGUAAGAAGGAGACAUCCAUUUUCGCUGCUGAAGAAGAUUGCUUACCUACCGCCACCACCAUCACCGCAGUUGCUCAGUAUAACCACAUCCUUCCCUGUGGACACGAUCGGCUACAAUGUGGGGCGGGGAAAUCUUAG